UACUCUCUGACGCGGUAUGUCAUGCCGCAAUCAGGAAUCGUUCCAUCCAAAUUGCAUUUAAACCAAUUUAUCCAACUACACACUUUGAAUUAUUUAAUUUUUGCCUUUAAAAUAUAAUUAUCUGAAUGGUUGUGAAGUGAAAGUUCUGCAGAUAUUAGUGGUAUCCUCUCCUUCUUAUCUGUUUCUUCCUUUGCCAUACUUAUCGAUGCCUUCCAUAAUGGAUGUUAAGUCCAAAGAUGAAGCAGCAGAUGAAAGUAAUGAUAUUCAAGAUACUUUAGAAGCUUUUGAUGAAAUCGCAGCAGCUAGUGAAAAACUCAGUGCCUCAGUCAACAAUUUACUCUCCAAAGAUAAAGAUUGUCUCGUGGCGGAUGAAGGCCUGAGCAUCCUUACCGUCAAAAAUCAUUUGCUAUUGCAGUACCUCACAAACCUGGUUUUCACCAUUUUGAGCAAAUGCAGUGGCAAAUCAAUUCAGAAUAGUCCCUCAGUGGAACGACUAGUUGAAAUAAGAACUGUUAUUGAAAGGAUACGACCUCUCGAACAAAAGUUGAAGUAUCAAAUUGACAAGUUAGUGAAAAUCGCUCUGACUGGUGCUCCUAGUGCAGAUGAUGGUACACAGUUCCGAGCCAAUCCCACAAGCCUGAUGAAUGAUUCAGAAGAAAGUGAUGAAGAUGAAGAUGCCAGACCAAAGGGAAUGGAUCCUACUGAUGAUAGCUCUAGAAACGUCGGAAAAUAUGUUCCUCCUCGCCUCGCAGCAAUGAAAUAUGAUGGAGAAGAAACAUUGGCAUCAAAACAAAAAGAUUUGCUGGAAAAGGCCAAGAAACGCGCCUUGAGCAGCUCCAUUGUUCAGAAAAUGCAAGAAGAAUAUUUAGACGCUCCUGUUGAAAUUGCCCAUUCAUCUGGUCUGAAGAAUGCGAUAUCUAAGGAGGAACGGGAAAGAACAGAGUAUGAAGAAACCAACUACACACGAUUACCUCGCACGAAGAGAGACAAAAUAUUGGCAAAGCAAAGAGCAGCUUUAACCUCUAGCAGUUUCGGUGAUGAGCUAACAAAAUUUGAUGACUUUCAAACUCUGGAUCAAGAGCUGAACAGACUUAAUAAAAAAAGGAAAAAAUCUUUUAAAUCCUCUGGUAAAAAGAAGAAGAAAAUGUCCUUCAAGAAGAAAAAACGUUUCCAUAAGUAAUCUAUGGAGCACCGUUUUUAACUCUUUAUUCAGGCAUGCAACGUAUGCUACCCCUAGCACAUACAUUGUGAUCAAGAUGGUAUUAAGUAUGAUUUCAUUUUUUCAAAUGUUAAUAAAAAGACACAAAACACGACUCUCCUCAAAAAGAGUUCUUUCUCUUAUAUUUUUCUUGUGAAUUAUUCAUAAUGGAAUAAUGAAUCUUUCAUGGCGCAAUAGUAGGUACCCUACAAAGAUGAGGGCAGGAAAAUUCACCUUUCUGAAGAUUGGUAGUGCUACUCAUCAGGAUAUGGCUACUUCUAAAGAGAUGAAGUUAUGUGGCUACUUCUGAUGUAUUUAUGUAGUUGCCACAUUUAAAACGCUUCUAAGCGCUCUGCAACACCCAUCUACUUCUUUUAGCGACCUUGCCAGAGUUCCAGUAGCAAUUUUAUCCCUUCAUUUCUUGUUUGACACCACCCAUCUAAGAUUCAGCAAGGCGCUCUCUUCAUUUUCUGCUAUGGGAGACCCAACGGUAGUUCAAUUGUUGGUUUCCGAAGUCAUAUGGGUGUAUACUUUUUUUUUCUAUCUACCUAAAAUAUUGUGGUGAGCUAGUAAAUUGGGAGCUAAAUAAACUCGAAAAGUUCUCUUUCACUAUCGCCUAAAUUGGAGUGAAGUUAUUCAGCCUGAUACUUGCUUAGUUUUCUCAAUAAGAAUUUCCCAAGAAUAAUUUCAGUUAAUCCACCUAUUGUAAAUAAAAAUAAAAAUCCUGAAAAUCAAAGAACAAGAGGACUGAAUUUAUUGGACUUUAUCCCACCCAAAGUAGCAAGCCAACUAAAAAUUUUGAUUCCUGUAGGAACAGCAAUAAUUAUAUUUGGUUGUCUUGGAACAACCUUUAGAGGUUUUGAACCUUUGAUUAAAUCUUUUAAAUCAAAGAAACAAAAAAAGUUAAGAAAGUAGAAACAUUUAUUUUUUCAAAAGCGCCAUAACUGGUAUAAGAGUCAAAUAAAGCUUAAAGAAUAAUUUUUUGUACGUUUGUUGUUCACAAAGUUAAGAACUUAGAUUUUACAAAACUACUUCCUCUAUUUUCAAACUUUUUUAAAAAACUACCUACCUGAGAAAUAACUUCGCUUACCGUAAGCCUCGCAUAAGCUCAAGUAGUCCCACAUUACAAAAUCAAUUAUAAAAAAAAAGGAAGAGAAACUAGUCGCCACAGCGAAUCAAGCACUCAAAUGGAAAUCACCAUUUGCUUUCUUUUAUUGUGUAAAUACCAAGUGAGAAAAAAAUUCUCAUGAAGAAAUUCCAAUACAGAAACCUGAAGAAUUGAUUACAUUUGUCAAAAUGGAAGCAUUCUCUGAAAUUCCAUAGCAAUUGAAAAGAAUAAGAAAGCAAUUCAUUUAAUGUUUCGAUAUUAGCUUCCUAAAAUAUCCUUACUAUUUUAAGUAUUUUUCAAAAUAAAUUGUUAUAAUGAAUCUACAUUUGUUCUAUUUUUUACUUUUAUCAGUUUAUAUUACAAAAAUGUGUUAAGUUC